AUGAAGCUGUUGUGGGUUUUGGGGUUUAUGGGGAUGGUUUUGUGCAGAAGGACGGAUGGUUUUGCGGAUGUGAAUGGUACAAAAGAAGAAGACUUGCAUUAUACUGAGAGUAAUGUCUAUGGUUAUGGACCUAAUGGUUAUGGGGUGUUCAGCAGACCCUUGAUGGUGGGUCUCACUCUUAUCAAUGGAGCUGCUGCCAAAGGAGCAGUCUGCCUAGAUGGAACAUUACCCGGUUACCACAUCCACCGUGGAUAUGGGUCAGGAGCAAACAGUUGGCUCAUUCAGUUGGAGGGAGGAGGAUGGUGUGAUACAAUCAGAAAUUGUGUCUAUCGAAAGAAAACUCGUCGUGGUUCAUCAGCAUAUAUGGAGAAGCAGAUACCAUUUGCAGGGAUAUUGAGCAACAAAGCUGGAGAAAACCCCGACUUUUACAACUGGAACAGAGUCAAGGUUCGAUAUUGUGAUGGUGCAUCUUUUGGCGGUGACAGUCAAAAUGAGGCAGCCCAAUUGUAUUUUCGAGGCCAACGCAUCUGGGAAGCUGCUAUGGCAGAUUUGAUGUCAAAGGGAAUGCGCUAUGCUAAUCAGGCUCUUCUUUCUGGAUGUUCUGCUGGUGGUGUUGCAACUGUACUCCAUUGUGAUGAGUUUCGUGCCAUGUUUCGUGGAACUAUUAGAGUCAAGUGCUUGAGUGAUGCUGGAUUAUUUCUUGAUGUAAUUGAUGUAUCUGGUAGGCGCACAUUGAGAAAUAUGUUUAGACGAGUGGUUAGCCUACAGGGAGCAUACAAGAGUCUUCCAUGGAGUUGUACCAAUCGCCUCAACCCGACUUUGUGCUUUUUCCCACAGCACUUAAUUGCAAGUGUCAAGACCCCCCUUUUUCUGGUCAAUGCAGCUUAUGAUACAUGGCAGAUCCAGGCCAGUUUAGCUUCACCAACAGCAGAUCCUAAUGGCCUUUGGCAUGAAUGCACAAAAAAUCAUGCGCGUUGUGCUGCAUGGCAGAUGAACUUUUUGCAAGGUUUCCGGAAUCAAAUGCUCAGGGCUGUAAGUGGCUUCUCAAGGGCCAGUAAAAAUGGUUUAUUCAUAAAUUCUUGCUUUGCUCAUUGCCAGACUGAGAGACAAGAUACAUGGUUUUCUCAAAAUUCACCCCAUAUUGGAAAUAAGGGGAUAGCAAAAUCAGUUGGAAACUGGUAUUUCGAUCGAGUUAAUAUCAAGGCAAUAGAUUGUCCAUACCCUUGUGACAAGAGCUGCCAUAAUCUGGUGUUUAGGUGA